AUGGCCGAGGACGCGGCGAGGCCUUUCCUGCAGCAGGGGCCGGAAGAUGACUUGGGGCCCCGACUGCUAAACAGCUCCAACAACAACACGACUGCGGCCGAACCUCCCGCCACGGACAGGGCGUGGGCGGUGGCUUUCAAGGCCAACGUUGCCAUCACCGUGGUGUCGGCCUUUUCCUUCGGCAGCGCGGGGCUAGACGAGUUUGUCGGGGGAGACGAAUCAGGCCGACGUUUGUCGACCGGCGGUGGGGGCGGCGUUGUCGGUCCGGCGCUGGUUGUCUUCGGGAUUGUCGGCCUUGCCUGGGCGUUCGCGUGGGGGGUGCUCCAUGCCGUCAUCAACUACUCAGAGAGAAUCCUCAAGAUAGCCUACUUAAGCCUUGCCGGGAUCUCGGGCAUGGCCGCCGUCUCUGCUCUCGCCGCCGGUCACUGGUUCGGGUGCCUGUUCCCCGCCUUCCUGUGCGCCUGGACCGUACGGUUCUACUUGAAGCGCCAGAGCCGGAUCCGCUUCGGCUCCGCCAACCUCAAGGUCGCAGGCCUAGCCGUCAAGUCCAUGCCGUGGACUGUCCGAGCCGGCCUGCUGAUGAGCGGCGUCCAGGUGCUGUGGGUCCUCCUCUCCGCGAUGGCGGCAGGGGGCACGAUCGCCUCCCUCCGGACCGUGACCGGUCUCGACGGCACGACGUACAAGGCGUCCUCCUGCAGCGACGUCAUGCUCGACCCGCCCACGCGCGGCAUGGUCCACCACCUCUCCUGCAUGUGCGGCGGGCACGUGGCCUCGUACAACUCGGCCUGCGAGUACGAGGGUCGCGGCCUCUGGCUCGCCUUGUUCUGGCUGGCGAGCCUCACGUGGGGCGCGGACGUUAUCCGGAACGUGGUGACGGCGACGGUCACAGGCUCGGUGGCGUCCUGGUGGUACUCGGCCGACCGGGACGCGAGCCCCGUGCGCGGCGCCCUCUACCGCGCGACACACGGCUCUUUUGGAUCACUCUGCAAGGCGGCCGCCAUUUCGACCGCGGUGAGGCUGCUCACCCGGACGGUGCGUCGACUGGCCAAGGUCGGCCGGUGCGGGAGCUUCGUCCUGGGGUGGCUGCAGAGACUCGCAGACUACAUCCUCGCGUAUUCCAUCUGCUUCAUCUCCAUCUACGGCUUGAGCUUCUCGGAAGCCGGCCAGCGCGUCUCGGAGCUGUUCCGGCGGCGCGGCGUCACGACCAUCGCGAACGACAUCGUCGUGGACGUCGGCCUGACCGCCGUCUGCGCCGGGCUGACCGUCUGCUUCUUGUGCUUGGCCUACCUGGUGAUCACGGUGGCACACAGGGCGUUGGGAGGAACGUUCCUCGUGGGAGUCUACGUGAUCUUCCUGUUCAGCCCCCUCCUGGUGGCGUUCGUCGUGGCCACUACGGUUGAGGUCUUGCGGUCUUCCUUCAAGGCCGUGUUCGUCUGCUUCGUGCAGGACCCGGACGCCCUCGCCAGCAACCACGGUCGCCAGCUCCACGACGACCUGUCGAGGGCCUGGGGCGAGAUGCAGGCCGAGUGCCCCAAGUGGACGGUGGGCGGCGAGGUCGGCCAGCCGCACGAGGGGGGCGUCAUCGGCAUGACCCACCAGGUCUAAUUGAUAGCUUUUGCUUAAGACGGGGACGAUCAUGGAGGACCUCUCUUGUCUCUAUUGUUCCGAGAGAUGGCCCAUGUGCGAAAGAGAGGGUUGCUUUCGUAAGAGAACGGUUUCCGUGCUUGUCUUUUUUUUUUUUUUCCUGGGCAAACACAGUCGACCACGACCGUGGUAUCCGACCAAAGCCUACCGUAGCUACGUCGAGAUCGCGAGGGAAUCGCGGGGGCGUCAGGUCGGAGAUAUUUGGCCAUGAGGUCGGGGUAGUGGUAUUUAGACGAUAUGGCUUGUCGCGUGUGUGUUUCGGAGGAUAGCCGUGCACGGGGCCGGUACGAGAGGCCGGCAUCCACCACCGAUGUAUCUAGGUUUAGGGCGGGACUUGUUAAUAUGGGAGAGGGCAUGGUUGCCCUGUGGACAAGGGCAUUGGGAGGUGACGGAGAGUGAGACAGGAGGGUAUCGGGAGAGCGUUAAUCGACGUGCCCUGCGCUAAUUUUUCAUGAACCCCGAAAAGCAGACCAUCGCCAGCACCACGUAGGAUAGGGUGAAGGCGUUCGUAAGGCGGCUCUCGUGCAUUUUAUUUUGGCCUGCCCCUCUUUGCAAAACAGGGACAACUGACCACAGAAACGCUUCUUACGCUGUCCUUCGUAUGU